AGAAUGUUAUAGUGUAGGCAUAAUAUAAUUAGGUGUGCAGCUACUUGUAUUGUAACACCGUAAAGUGUUCGCAAUCAGUCAGCUGACGCCUCACUUUGUUUAUACAUUGGCAUCUGUCGUGGGAGGCGUGCUGCGCCUGCCGCCUCACACCAAUGAACUCUUGCCACGCUCACUACACACACUAAGAAUGUUGGAAGAAGGGUCAGUGUCUGGGGCAUCCUCAGGGGCCUCCUCCCCUGAGCCAGAAGAGCCCUUCAUCCCAAAGUUCAAAGUCCAAUUUAGUGAUAAUGUCAACAAAGACGGAGACUCAGUCAAGUUCACAUUACAAGUUUCACAGGACGGCCUUAUGUCUCAUGUGCUGGAGCGGGAGUUUGAGGACUUUGAAUACCUGGACCACUGCGUGAGCACUGGCCAGGUAUCCCGUGGCCUCAUCAUCCCUCCCAUCCCACAACGUUCAGCUAUUGAUCCGUACAAUGCAGAAAUACAGUCCAAGAGAUUAAUGGGGAAAGGAUCCAAGACUCUCAUUGCUGAUGAGUUCCAUAAAGACUGCCAACAGUUACAAAAGUACCUUGAACUACUACUGUCACAUCCUGUAUUAGGCAAAAAUGAAAAGCUACAUGAUUUCUUGAAUGAGAAGACUCCUCCACCUAGGACCAAGGUUAAAAAAGGUCUGAUGACUAAGUUAUCAGACACGCUGGAUGCCAGGAAGUCAUCUUACCCUGACAGUGAGGAAUUCUUCCAAAAGGAGCGUGACUGGGUGACCAAGUACCAGCCAGCCAUUGCAUACACCAGUGAGGCCUUCAACAAGAUUACCUGUGCUCAACUCAGAAUAAGCCACCAGCUGGAGCAGAUGGUGACAGCCCUGAAGGUGAGCACCUGUCCCAAUGACCAGGUGUACAACAGGCAGUACAACAAUAUCAAUGCCAUCUUCCUGGAGUGCAUAGACAAGUUGAAGAAUGAGACAGAGGUGAAGGGGAACCAAGAGGACAUGGAGCUGGGGUCAACAAUUGGCCUGUGGAGCCGCUACCUGCAGGCUGAGAGCAACAUGCUGCUGGACCGCACUUGCCUUAUGGUGGACUACCAGUCAUGCAACCGUGCGCUGGAUAAGGCCAAGCCAAACCGCAAGGAGGCAGCUGAGAAGGCCAAGAAGGAGGCAGAGGUGGCCUUUGAGGAGUGUAGUGAUACAGCACGGCAGGAGAUCAAGCACUUUCAGCGGCAGCGCGUGCAGGAGAUGAAGGAGUGUGUGGAGCGGUACGCGGCCUUCCAGCUCACCUCGGCCAGGACUUCCCUCAACGCCCUGUCCAUCGCUUUUAACCAAAUCAAAGCCAUCAACUUGUAGGUGGGGAAGCAGCCACCUCACAGCCAGAACUGUGGAAAAUGACUUACCUUGGGUGGCAGGAGUUCCAGCAGCACGUGUUAAGCUCCAAUGAAAUCAGCACGGCAGGCGUCUGGAGCAGCUUGAGCCACCAUUGAUGUUCUUGUUCCUCAGUAUUAGGACUGUGGAUGAUGGAAGUGGAUGCUGAAUGUUAGGACUGGCUUGUGAUGAUGAGGGAGUGUUGAAGGAUGCAGCAGCUCUUUACUGCUGCCAACUACAUAUUUUACCACAACAACGUGUAUUAUAUAUAUCAUUACUUUAUAAAGACUACUGUUCACAUUGACUGAUUAGUAAGGGAAUGUGAGUUCCUUUCAUUAUUAACACCUUACUUGCUGCCAGCUGAUUUAAUUUUUAUUUUAUUUAUUUAUUUAUUUUUUUUUCAUGGUCACAGUAAAGAAAAUUCCUUAUAAAUUUCCUUAUAAAUUGAGUCCUCAAAUGAUUUGUGUUUCAUACGUAUUUACCAAAGACUAAGAUGUAAUUCUGUAACUUUAAGAAUUCUUGAGACGAAGAGAAGUGACACUUUCUAGCUAAAUACUGAUAUCUGUGAUUUAAAUGAGAUUGGUAACAUUUCAUUACAAUCCUGCAUUGAUGAAAGCAACACACAUUUCUGUGACAGUGGUCAAUAUGAGAGGGAGUUAUGAAUGUAACAUGAUUGUCUUGAUGCUGUGAAUAUAAUGGGAGAUUUUACUUAAACCAAUGUGGAUUUAAGAAACAGGAAUAUAGAUGUAGUCACUUAAAAAGUGUAGUAGUAAAUUGAGUUAUACUUAGAUUACAGGUUACUCAUGUUUUCAUGGGAGUCUGAAAGACUGACUGUACCAGCCUGUUUAUAUUUAUUUGUACCUGUUCUUUGUUUGUUUCCCUUCAACUGAUGGAGACAUGGUCACCCAUUAUAAUUUUUUGAAAUUGAUUGUCUUUGAGGCAGUGAUGUACAUGAUAUAAAUAGUAUAAUUAAUGACGAAAAAUAUAAAUCAACAUUUGUGGCUAGUAAAAUGAAAACUGCAGACACUGUGAUGCAAAGAAACAUGAUAAUUUUGAAAUAAUUUUGGAGGAAAGUUGUACACAUUGGCUAACAACAUUAACAUGUUGAAUUAAAGGAAAGGAAACCAUUUUGAAGGCUGAAAAUCCAGUGUAUAACAACAAUAUGUGGUGCUAUACUUAAGGGCAAAAUUGGCUUAUCUGAUAGUGUAUGAUUUUGUGUAUGGAGUUAAUUUUUUAAAACUUAAGCCAUCUCACAAUUCCUGCCAAUUUAGAAAGCUGCAAAACCCCAUUAAUAAUAACAUUCCACUAGGGUACUUCAUUACAUCAAAACCCAGUAACACUACUUGCUUCCUUGUCUAGCCAUGUCAUGUAAAACUGCCUCCCCAAAUUUAUUGGAAUACCAUGAUAAGGUCUGUUCUGUUUCAAACUGCCUCCUAUAAAAGUAAUUCUGUGGUGGAUGUAAGUAAAAUACUGGUAAGGGUAAAUGAGCUUUAGAUGGCAAGGUGUUAUUCAUCCACUGCUGUCUGCUGGUCACCCAGCCAGCCAUUCCCCUACAGAAAGAGCUCAGAGCUCAUAGCAAUUGAUCUUUGAGAAAGAUUAAGACCACUCACAUGCUACACACCAGGACAGUGAGGCCACAAUCUCUCAAUUUACAUCCCAUACCUAUUUAUGUAACACUAGGUGAACAGAGGCUACACAUUGAGGUUCACCUAUCUGCCUUGCCAUGCCUGGGACUUAAAUUUGGACCUUGUCAGUUGUGACACUACACUACACAAUGUGAUUGUCUUGAGGCAAUUAAGUACAUGAUGGAAAUAGUAUCUAAUUAAUGAUGAGAAGUGUAAGAUGACAUUUUGUAGCUUGUAAAAAUGAACACUGCAGACAUUGAACAAAGCAACAUUAUUAUAUAGAAAUAAUUUUGGAGAAAAGAGUGUGUGUGUGUGUGUGUGUGUGUGUGUGUGUGUGUGUGUGUGUGUGUGUGUGUGUGUGUGUGUGUGUGUGUGUGUGUGUGUGUGUGUGUGUGUGUGUGUGUGUGUGUGUGUUUGCUAAUAUUCAAGAAAUGGGCAAUGGUCUUAUAGUAUCUUUUCUAAUUUUUUCUUAAUAUUACAAAUUGUUUUUUGGCUCAUUCUUUUUUGGCUCAUUCAUCUACAGACUAUUCCAAAUAACCCUGGAAAGCUACAUUUCUUGAUAUCCUUCUGGCAUAGUGUGUGUGGUUUUGUGUGGACGGGUGGGUGGAUGCGUGAACAGAAAGAGCUCUGGACACUGGUACUAAAUUUUCACUGACAAGUCAAAACACAAAUGCUGUUCCACCAGGACGAUGCAUUGUGCAGCAAAACCCUUCAGUAAAUCACAAGUGCUUAAGGAAAGGUGGCACUUCACCUGCCUCAAAACAACUGUAGCAUUACUCUUGUGACCCUUACCAAUUAAACACCUUUAAGAACAACAACAGACAAAAACAGUUAUUGUAACCACAUGGCACUGGAGUGUUGGAGUGGUGCACAACAGUAAGUAAGAAUAAAAUAACUGACUGGUCACAGCAGUGCUACAUUUUGUUUAUGCCACAGUUUACCAACACCCUUGUGGUGGAUCCAUACCUGAGCUCAACCUUGCAGUAUGGCAUCACUUUUUGUUGUGGACACCACAUAAAGAUCUCCCCUCUUUUACCACCAUUGCACAUCUGGUCCUCACCUGGGAAUGGCAGUCUCUCAAACAGAGUAGCAAGGGAAGGCAGCCACCUGUGUCACAGAGAGUUCUUCCAGUUUCACCCACUAAGAUUUUCAUUCACUUCACCAGUCACAUUAUAUCUGUGUGCAACUCAAUCUUGUGAUUGGCCUGUGGAUGGAAUGCUGCUAAAUUACACAUGUUCUCAUGUGAAAAUUUACUUAACUGCUUUGCAAUGGCUGAAGUCCCACCAACUUAGUCUACUUAUACAUCACUUAAUUGUUAAAAGGAAAGUAAAACCAUUAACUGCGUGUAAGCAAAGCUAUGAGCAUCAAGGGGCAUUUAAAAAAUAUGUGAAAAGGAAUGUAACACAUUCAAUACGAUUACAAGAUUUUUUUUCUCAGAGAAGCAGGUUCCUGAGUAGUGAUUGCUACCUCAGGCUUGCUGUGUGUGCCAAAAAUUAAGGUGGACAAGAUAAUGUGUACUAAUUUAAUAUUUAUCAUUAUUGGCCAGUGCUAAACAGAUCUUUAGAAAUGGGAUUACAAUAAAACCACUUUUCUCGUUGACAUUGCAGCUUUCUGAAGUCAAGACUUCACUUAAAGAUGACUAAAAUUAAAGUAUUUUUAAAUGACAGUGUAUUGUGCUGUCUCUUUUCUCAUUUGAAACCAAAGAUGUUUGAUAUCCUUAGAGUAUAAGUUAGCUGUGUUAGUGAGUGUUGUGUGCAAGGCAGGCCAUGUUGCAAUGCAUCCUCUCAGGUGAGCGAUAUCUGAGAACGUGAACAUGGGCAACUUUCUUUGUGUUUCUAACUUUUCAAUCCUGUGCCAAACAGUCACUAAAUAAUAUGGUAUCCACUACAAUGUAUUUUUAUGCUGAGGUUAGGCCAUGAUACUGUAUCUUCACUGAUAAAUUAGCGGAGCUGUAGCCAAUUGUUAAACUCUAUGUAUAUGAUUUAUGUCAGUGUUUAAAUCUGAGUUCUUAUUACAUAUGGUAUGCCUAGUGACUUUAUUACUGUGCAUCAAGCUUUGUUGUCCAAGGUACAUCACUGUGCAUCAAGCUUUGUUGUCCAAGGCAUAAGGAAAUAUUUGGUAUAUUUUUGAUAAAUCAUAGGCUAAUUUCAAGAUAGAACUUUUUUUUUUCAAAUGUAUAUAGAUUAUGUUGUAUUUUGAAUCAAAUUAUUUCUUGGCAAGAUCAUCUUUUUGUUUUAAGGAGCAGAAGAGAACUUUCCGUUAACAUAUGAAUUUAAGAGGAAAAAUUGCCAGAUUCAUUAAUUUUACAUCAAAACCUGCUUAAAAAAAAUGAUAUGAAGUCUCAUUGGGUGAUGACAGAUGACCAGCUCUCACCUGCACCUUGCCUCAUCUCUCAUCUUCCCUCCAGCUCACUUCAGAUUACUAAUAUUUGUAUCCUGCAACUACCAUAUAACAUUUCCUUUGUCAUAACUCCAAAGAACAAAUUAAACAUUAUUGGCUUUCUAAACUCUAUAUGCAAUAGAUAUAUCUACCUCUUACAGUCUCUAAACUGCCACAUGGAAUCUCUUAAUGGCCAAGCAUUGUUGAAAAUUUUCAAAUGAAACAUAAUGCUGUAUGGCACUGUGUAAUUGACACUGGGAGGUUACAUGUUGUCUUCAAUGUGCAUUUGUGCUAACAUAACUGUAUUGUACUUUUCCAUCAGUAUUUCACAAAAUUUCUCUCCUCAGCCACAGACAUAGGUAUCUCUCAUCUGUCUCACACAAUGAAGUAUCUGAUGGAUUUGAAAUAACUCAUUCCAGCUUUGCCUUUAGGUUUAUGAUUCUCUCAUUGGUCAGCUGUCUCAACAGUAAUUUGUUUGUUUCUGUCAAAUAUAAUUGACUUUGGCAGGACAGGCAGGCAGGCAGAAAAAAAUGGCCAGUAUUUUUAUCUCUCACAAGCACUUUGUUACAGUGUAUGGCUGGAACUGAGCACAUGAAUAGUGGCCAGCACCAAGAAUAUUAGUAAAUGCUCCAAAAUGUAAGUUAACUGCAGGUGAUUCUUAUCUUGGCAAUCCAGUUCAGACAUUUAAAAUACUCAGGACUUUGGAAAUCUGUACCAUGAAAUAGAUGCAAAUUAAUAUUUUGAUGUGGUUUACUGAAAUAUCACCAAAUUGCAACAUGUACCUAUGUUAACACAGCAGAAAUUCCUUGACAUUUUUGAUAAAUGCAAGAUAGUAAACAAGUCUGGUAACAUGUUGCAGCAUGUAUUGUGCACAGUGGUAUGCACUGCAUACAAUGUUUCCAUUUGUAUGUAAUUUACAGUCUGUUGCUGUUCCAUUUCAAUUUUACUCAAUUUCAUAUUAUAUCUAUAAAUAACAGUGUGACUCACAAAUUAUGAUAUAAGCCUAUAAAAGCCCCAUGGACUUUUAUAGUAAAUACUUAAAAAUUUACAUUUUGAAAGAUACCUUUCAUUUUCUUGUAAGGACUAUCUCUUAGAUUAUUCCAAGUCACACUGGGUGACGAUUUUUAAGGUACAUAUGAAGGCAUUCUACAUUAACAGCUAACCAGUACAAGAGUUUAAGUGAAAAUAAAACUACAGGUUGGGAGAAGAGGGAGAGGGAAGUCUUUGUUUCUCAGUGGAGUAACAGAGGAGGAAGAGGAGGAUGGUGAUGAGCAGUAGUUCCUGUUUACAACAAAUUUUGAUGUCCACAACUAUUUAUUCAGAUCAAGUAAUGAUUUACAUGCACUUUACUGGCCUGACAUGAUUGCUUUUCCUCUGCACUGCAGGACUGUCUGUGUCAACACUGCAUACAAAAUACCAUAAAGAAAGAUUCAUGAUAAUCUAUCCAAGAAGUCUAGUAUGUUUUGUAACAAGUAUUUAUAUUAUGUGAUAAAACCGUUCUUUUUAUAAACAUGAGGCCAAAGCAUGUGUUUGUGCCUGGUGUGCUGCUAUACAACACUCCUGCCCAGCAUGUCCUGCACUUCUUGUGGUACUUCACUCUGAGUAUAAAAGGUCAAUAUCUCAAACUGUAGUGUGUGUGUGUGUGUGUGUGUGUGUGUGUGUGUGUGUGUGUGUGUGUGUGUGUGUGUGUGUGUGUGUGUGUGUGUGUGUUUCCUUUUUUUUUUUUUUUUUUUUUUUGCCUGCUCAAUGUGGAAGAAGACCCAUUGAUGGGCAUCUUUUUUUUUUUGGAUUACUGUUUGUGCAGCGACUUUUAAACACUGUAUCAAUAUCUUUCCACUCACAUGAAGGCAAUGUUUGCCUUGGAAUUAACUUGCCUUACAUGCUAUUUUAGGAGAAAGAAAACAUCAGUCUGUCCUCUUUGGGCAGAAGUUAGUGUUAGGUAUGUUUUGUAACAAGAAUUUAUAUUAUGUGAGAAGCUGUUCUUUUUUAUAAACAUGAGGCAAAGCAUACAUUUCUGUAUGGUGUGCUACUGUCUCUUGCUCAUUAUAUCCUGCACUUCUUAUAAUGCUUUCAUCCUAAUUAUAAAAGAGCAAUAUCUCUAUUCUUUUGCAAGUCAUUCCAAUCAUUGGUUGGGGCUCGUACAUUGCCAAAGUUUUCCUAGUCUUUCAACAGCCGGUUGUGUCAUGUACCAAUGCAUACAGCUGCUGUCUAAUUGGAAUCUUGUUGCCAUGAAACUUAGUCAUUGGGUUACAAGUGUCUUACUGCUGAGUUGUGAACCACCAUCUUGUCCUCUUGCGAGGACAGGGUGGCAAUCAGUGUUAAUACAUGUAUGAUUCACUUUGUGGCUGCUAAUUAUGUUAGAUACUAGUCUUUAUGCCAAAGCAUGUUUAAGUCUUAGUGAUAUGAAAUACAAUAUACUGUUUUCUUUUCCACAGUUAGUUGUAUGUAUAUUUAGUUGCUAAACUUUAUUACGUUUGAAAUUUAAAAAAUCUGCAUAUUGAUUUUGGGUGCACCUCUUUAUAUCAGUGUUACGCAAGUUACUGUAUUUUCCCCAACAAAGGGACUCCCUCUAACUGGUCGACUUAGAAUUUGCCCCAAAAAUCCAUGUUUAAGUUAAAUUUAUAAUUAGUACCAGUGAAUAAUUCUAGCCAGCCAUGGAUAGGCUGAAUGAGGGCAAGCUAUGGGUUACUUUCAAUUAACACUAAAAGAAUGUUUACUAUUAGUACUACCAGCAUGGUAAUAACUUUGUAAUAAUUCUCAGGCAUGGGAGUGUAUGCAAAUAUAGGCAACUUUGUGGAAUAAAAGUGCAUAUGAGUGAAAUUAAGGAUACUAAUAGGAGAGGAAGGCCAUCUUGAAAAUGGAAGAAUUGGUUACCCGAGUACAGGGGUGAAGCAGGUGGUAGUAAAAGAUAGAACAAGUAAGGUGAAAGUGGUUGGAUAGAGAAAGGUGGAGACUAAUCUACCAUGCCAUCCCCUUGACAGACAAUACUAGGGGUGAGUAUCUAUUUCAGACUCUUAAUUGGAAGUGAAACAUCAGAUAUAGCUAAACACAACUACUGAUAUGUGCUCGUAUUUAUAGCUCAUAAAUGGGAAUUCCUAUUGCUGUGUAAAAAUACUUUUUGAUAGAAUUGCAUGUAGAUCUAAGAAAUCUUUAUCCAGUGUCCAAGACAUAAUCAUUUUCAAGCUAUAUUUUUGGAAAAUAUAGCAUCUGUAAUGCCUGGAAAUGUGAAUAUGUAUUUAUUUAUUUAUUUAUUUUUAGUGUGCAGUGGCUGGUAUAUAGUUCCUUAUUUGCAUUACUGUGGGUAUUUGGAUAUGAAUGUGAACAGUGUUAUCAUCUCCAUCUGGUCAAUUGGACCUGAUCUGGUCAUUGAACUGCAGUAAAGAAUGUGACACUUGUACCAUUCCAGCAAGUGGUAAGUUGUAUGAAUAGUGACAUACAAUGUAGUGGAUAUGCAAUGUUAUAUUAAAGUGAAACUGAUUGUGAUACUAUGAUGGUUUGUGCCGGCCUGAUUCAUAUUUAUGAGCCUCUGACUUUGCAUAUACAUUUGACCAUUGUUAGCAGCAAAAUUAUUUAAAAAUCACAGUCAGAAGGAUCUUUAUUGAAAAUCACAAAAUGGUAACUCAUACUAUUCUUUCCCAUGAUGUUUACCAUUAUUUUUCUUAAGUCAAGUGUCAUGCUAAGAAAAUAAGAUUUUUCAUAUAGAAUAGAGGUGCUCAACAUUUCUAUUGUCGGUUACCUCUUUGAUUUGUAAAAAAUAAAAAUAAAUGUAGACAG